AAUAUAUAUAUAUAACGUUCACAUAUUAAGACUCAAGUAAAUGUGUGCCUUCUUGAGUCGCAUUUUUCUUUUUUUUUUUUUUUUGGUGGGAGAUUUAAUUAAUAAUGUAUUCGCUGUGAUAUAUCAUACGCGACAUUUUGGAGGGGGAACAACGCGUGUCUGUCCCGUAUCGGUAGCUGCCAUUCGGCCGGAGGAGGAGGAGGGAACUCGGUCUCUAAACGGACAUCACACCGCGCUGGCACGGAAAGAGGGGAGACGAGGAGAACUGCUGAAUAUUUUAUCCCCCUCGACUAUUUUUGUGGCAGAUUUCGUCCUCCCCUCCCCUCCCCUCCCCUCUUCUCCCCCGGUUCCUCGGACGAUAAACGUGUGUGUGUGCAAGGGGGGAGAGUUGAAACCGGGGUUGGCAUACAAAAUAAAGAAGAGGAGCUCUCUUAUCUUUUUUAUUUUAUUUUUUUUUUUUGUGUGUGUGUGGUCCCUUUUUCCGCUCCCUCCCUACUUCCACUCAACGCACGCACACACCGGCCCGGGCCAGCCGAGGACUCCCAAAAUCCUACCGGGGCAUCGAGGCUGGCACACGGCGGGGCACCGAGAGCUCUCUGCCCAGCCUGACCGCCCUGCUUUGCCCCCGCUGCUGCUGCUGCUGCUGCUGCUGCUGGUGGUGGUGGCGGGGCUCUUUCUCUCGCUUGUGGCGUUCACCGGCGAGACGUCGGCUCGGCUAGACUUUAAUACCCUGUGGUGCUGGGCAGAGCGUUAUGGCUCAGACGCUGCAGAUGGCGAUCCCUAACUUUGGCAACAACAUCCUGGAGUGUCUGAACGAACAGCGGCUGCAGGGCCUCUACUGUGAUGUCUCCGUGGUCGUCAAGGGACAUGCCUUCAAGGCACACCGCGCGGUGCUGGCAGCGAGCAGCUCCUACUUCCGGGAUCUGUUCAACGCCGGGGGAAAGAGCUCGGUAGUGGAGCUGCCCCCGGCCGUGCAGCCGCAGAGCUUCCAGCAGAUCCUGGCCUUCUGCUACACAGGACGCCUCAGCAUGAACGUUGGAGACCAGUUCCUGCUCAUGUACACAGCCGGCUUCCUCCAGAUCCAACAGAUCAUGGAGAAAGGCACAGAGUUUUUCCUCAAGGUCUCAUCUCCAAGCUGUGACUCCCAGGGUCUCCACGCUGAGGAGACCCCAAGCUCCGAGCCUCAGAGCCCCGUCACUCAAACAGUGGGUGGAGGUGGCGGAGUCGGCGUCGUUGCCACAGCCGCAGGAAGACCCACCUCUUGUCUGACGCCCCUCCCCCUGGUGUCCAAGGUGAAGACGGAACAGACAGCGUCCACACCUCAGCCCACCCCACAGCCACAGCAGCAGGAGGGCUCUCCCUACUCGGUGGUCUGCACCCCGGUAGCCAAGCGGCUGUGGGAGGGGGGCAACCGUGACGGGGGAGGAGGGUCUGGAGGGGGCGGGGGAGGUGGGAUGAGAAAGGCCGCACGCUACUCUUCCUCCUCCUCUUCCUCCUCCUCCUCCAACAAUACUACCCAGGAUACCUCUGGCCGCGGACCCGCAGCCAACGCCGCUAUGUUGGCCGGCGGCGGUGCCACUUCAGUGGGAGCUGCCGGACUCAACAGUAACCAUAACAACAAUAACAACAACAACGGCGGGACCCCUGAAGGCACUAGCCCGGGCACACUGAGCAUGUACACCAGCGACUCGCCAAUCAGUUACCACGACGACGAGGAAGAAGACGACAUAGCAGACGACAGCGCCGAAGAGCAGUACAGACAGAUCUGCAACAUGUACACGAUGUACAGCAUGCUGAACGCUGGAGCGGCAGGUAAGCUCUUGGUCGGGGAGCGGGUGGAGGCUCUUCCGGACUUGGCCCCAGACUCAGGUGGCGGACGGGGGGGCAGGGGGGCACGGUCCCGGCAGGACCUGGCGUCGCUGCCCGCUGAGCUCAUCAGCCAGAUCGGGAACCGCUGCCACCCGAAGCUGUACGAGGAGGGCGACCCAGCCGAGAAGCUGGAGCUGGUGAGCGGCACCUCCGUGUUCAUCUCCCGCGCCCAGCUCAUGAACUGCCACGUCAGCGCCGGCACCCGCCACAAAGUGCUGCUCAGACGCCUGCUGGCCGCAUUCUUUGACAGGAGCACUCUGGCUAACAGCUGUGGAACUGGCAUUCGCUCUUCAACCAAUGACCCCAGUCGUAAACCCCUGGACAACAGAGUGCUGCACGCUGUCAAAUUUUACUGCCAGAACUUUGCGCCGAGCUUCAAGGAGAGCGAGAUGAACGCCAUCGCGGCUGACAUGUGCACCAACGCCCGCCGCGUCGUCCGCAAGAGCUGGAUUCCCAAGCUUAAACUGCUGAUGGCCGACAGCGACGCCUAUUCCGCCUUCCUGGCCGACAGCGUGAAAAUGGAGGCCGACGCGCUGGGGGCGGAGCAAGGCUUUGACCCCGCCUCCCUGGAAGCCGUGGCGGCGGCGGCAGCGGCGGCUGGCAACAAUAACGAAGUGGGAGGCGGAGCCACGCAAGCAGACACCCUCCAGGGGGCAGGAGGAGACGGCAGCACUUUGUUUUGAGUGAGUGAACGGACAGAUAGAUGAAUGGACAGAUGGACAGAUUGAUGUAGGGAGGGAUGGCAUUUCUCUGGGGCGAUGAGUCGAGAACGGUGACCACAGUGGUCGUGAUGACAGUUGUCGCUCAUCCCCUAGCCGCCAUGUGUUUGGGGAUCUAUUUCUUCUUUUACACCUCUUUUGCUCAAUUUGUUCUGCUUCCCUUCCUUUGUUUGUCCACAUUUCUGUCUCUCUCAGCGGCCCAGAAUGCCUCUCUUUGGGUCGUUCCUCCUUCCUUUUAAUGGUAGAGAGAGAUUGAAAGAUGGAGAGAAAGGUAGCAGAGGGAGGAGGUUGAUAAAUAGCCCCCCCCCACACCUCUUCAUUCCUCUGCAACCUUUCAAGACCUGCUUGUUUCAGCCUUUAUUUUUUAUUCUUUUGUUUUUAAGAGUGUGUACUGUCACUAAGGCCCUUUUUCUUACCAUAAUCAAUCACAGACAUUCCCUGGGGAGGGGGGUGGGCGGAAGGGGGUAAUCUUGUUUGGAGAAAGUGAUUCUUUUCCUUCCCCAAACUCCGGUAACACUGUUGUUUUUGAUAUUGAAUGUAUGUGUGGCGAAGCAUCCGAACCGCAGCGUAGUGAGUCAGUGGAGGCUGAGUGAGCUUGUACAGAGCCCUUCUUUUAUUCUUUUACUCGUUUGUUUUGCUUUAUUUCAUCUGGACAGCCAGAUGAAAGCUUCUGUGACCGCGGUGGGGUUGAUGAGGUCAGGGGUUGAAAUGAAUAUUAAUAUGUAUAUUGGCAUGGUUUAUGAUCUCCCCGACCCCACCAACCCUGCUCUUUAACCCCUGCUGGGCAUGCUGGGAAACUGACCUACCAGCCCUUAGAGAGAUGCUGGUGAGUUCUGACUGACGGUGCGGUGGCAGACGGGGAAAAAACUAAAGUUUGCUUGGCUUUUCCCCUGACCUCCCCUACUUUUUGACCCUAAAACCUAAAAAAAAUUGUUCAGUUUCCCUUUUUUUUUGUUUAAAUUCUUAAUUUUUUACUUUUCGUGUGUGAUUUUUGCCAAGCCUCCCGAGCUAGAGGAAACUUGUUACCGAUGAUUGUCAAAGAGUUUGCGCCUGAUAAAUGCACUGUGUUAUUUCCUGCGGUAUGAGUACAAUCGAACUACGUUUUUGUACGUAUCAGAAAGAGAAGAGGGGUGGUUUUAUUUAAAAAAUGCAAAAAAAGGAGAAAAAAUACAAGCUGAAUCCAAUUUAUAUAUCCGUUUAUCACCCUUUUUUUUUUUUUUUUAAUCUGAAGGAAAGUCCAGAAAAUGAGUUUAAGCCUGUGAGCUUUGGAACGAUUUGUGUGUGUGUGUGUGUGUGUGUGUGUGUGUGUGUGGUGAGAUACAGCGGUGCUGUUUCUUUUGUUUUCAGCUCAUGUUUCAGUUGCUCUCCCUAAGAGUAUUCGCGGCCGUGCCUGUUAGCGGCACAAGUUUUCUCGGGCUCUGCUGCCUGGAUGCGUGCUCGCCUGGCAUGGACAACGGUGCUAAUUCAGGCAUUGGUACAUUGCAAGGAAUACAGCUCUUGCGUGUGUAUGUGUAGGUGUGUGUUUGUACGGCCACAGUUUGUGCGUGUGUGCUGCUGCAGCAGAGAGAGAGAGCGGGAGGCCAGACGGUGUGUUUUCACACACGCUUGGUCGAUUCAUUCACCCAUCGCUGCAGUGAGCACACAUACACGCUAAUAUGCAUUUGGGCGCUGUCAGCCGCAUCAGCUACAGUACACCAGAGCAACGUGGGAAUUAAAGGGGAAUUACACCAAAGCAGACCCAAGAGGUUGUGGUUUGUCACAUGUAAGCGUUCACCUUAAAUGUAUUCAGUGUUUAAUGAGGCUACAGUAGAUGUGAUGGAGAAGGUAAACUGCGCUGGCUGAAAGUUGUUUGUUUGACAGUUGCGUUCCUGGCUUUAUGUAAGAUGUUUAGAAUUAUAAAAUGAAAGCUGCUAAAUAAUGGAAAUCAGAAGAAUGUUGGCAUAGAAACAACCCUGAAAGUCAUAUUGCAGUCAUAUUUGCCUUUGAUACUUGCGGCUGAAUGGUAGCUUUCAGAAAAAAGAAUCACAGAACAAACUCUUUUUUUUUUUCUCUUUGAAAAAGUGACCUCCACAAUACAGCUGAAUUUAAAAAAAAAAGAUAAAAAAGCCCUCGCCACGCUUUAGUUGAUGAGUGUCAGCUAAACUGUGGCGAGGGCUUUUUUUUAUCUUCAGUUUGAGGUUGAGACAGGUGCUCCUGGUGAACGGUUUGAUUUAGUGCCACUGAUAUUUUGCUCCUCGAUACCACUGCAGUGUUUCAAAUCCUCAUUACACCAGAUUCUAGUUUUCGGUUUAAACCCCAUUCUCUGUCUUUUAAUCAUAAAAUCAAUCCCAGACAAUCAAUAUAAAGUCAAUUUUUCUUACGACAGACCUGACACAUCUGUCUGUCUGUUUGGCACUGGGGAAUGAAAGCAGUAGUGUGAAUAACAUGCGAGCAAAGUUAGCCAACUGUGUAAGCACUCUCUUUUAUGUGUUACACGGAUUUGAUCGAUGCCAAAACUAUAUGCAGCCUGUUAGGUUGUGUCUUCACAAUUCACAGCAGGGUAAAACUAAGAAUAGUUUCUCUGUGUAUCCAACGUAAUUGGUGGAUAUAAACACAUUUUAUUUUAUUUUUUAAAUUUUAAGGCUGUAAAAGACUGAUUUGUGUUCAUUACAUCGAGGCCUGCCUGAUACCAAAAUGAGAUAACUCAGCAGUGUGAGCCUUAACUCAACAUGGUGACUGUUGUGAAGUCAGCUAUUGGUCCCUGUUGGAUGAGGGAAAUUCUGAUUUAAUCUCACUAAUUUAAAAACAAAUAUGUUGAUAAUGGCGGACGCAGCUGGUCUUUAAAUAAAGUACCGAUGGUAUCGAUUGAUCAUUGAGUCAAUACGAGACCGUGCCAGAUGGCUCCAUUACCAUAGCUAAUUAAGAAAUUGAUCACAUACAAACAGCUGUUUUGGUUUGGUUGAACUUUAUUGAAAGAUUUGGUAUUUUAUUUAUUUCUACUCCUGUGUAAUGGAAACAUAUACAUGUGUCUAUUGGUAAAAAAAAAAAAAAAUGAAGUGGCACUAGAUGAUGGAAAUGUUCACUGUGGAGCUCUGAGUGCUAAGUUUUCUCCGUAUGACAGCAUUUUGGCAAACAAUGAUCAGAUUGCAGACCUAUAUCCUGUACUGUGAUAUUGUUCAGAUUACAGAAUUGUUAGCCAAAAGUUGAGAACACCAACGAGUUUGCUUCGGUGGGUUUAGCGGAACCUGCGAUCAGCAGGUACUCAAAUAGUGUAAUACUUUGAAAUAAAAUGUGGUGUAUCGACUGUAGGGGCCAGCAGUAUGCCUUCAGUGUCAAAGGUACCAUCAUGGUCAAAAGGGGAACGCGUUGUGUGUUUAAUCUGAGAAAUGAUCCAACUGUUAAAUCCACAUUUAUAAUAUUUAAUUCCCCCUGUGUUUAUGUACCAUUUCCUGUGUGUUAAAUGUGCAUGUCUGCCAAACUUAGUGGCACAUUGGAUUCCUAUUGCUAUAAAAUUCCCAGUGCGAGUGUUUUUAAGUGCGAUAAUCUUGAGGACUAACACUUUAAAACCCAAACAAGAAAGGACUUGACAUAUUAUAGAUUUGUUGUAUUGUAUACUAGACCAUUGGACCCAACGGACAUUCUUGGUUUUUUUUAUGCGUAUUUGGCCCGUUUUGGUGUUCUUUUUUUGUCUAAAUGAGAAGAAACCUCAAGCACCUUAUUGCCAGUGUGGCGUCAGAAAGUUUGGACCGCCACGCACACACACACACACACACACACACAGACCCUCAAGGCGAAGGGUCUGUCGUUAACCGUCUCCUAAGCGAAACACAGGGUCGGCGCUGCACGUUGAAACAACCCGGAGAAGAACCAAAAACAGCCUUUGAGGCGUCAUCUGACCUGUCUUGAACUGAAACAGUUUUAUAGACCAGUGUUAUUAAAAAAAAAGUCUGCUUUUUACAGCCUGGCUUUCGAGGAAAGAUGUUUACGUGACUAUUUAGUUCUUUUAUAUAUUUACAUGUAUAUCAAGUUUUUUUAUUAUUUCUUUUUUACAAACGCUAUCAGUCAAAGAACCCUUGGUCCUGAGACGAGCACCUAAAGGUCCUACAGUCAGGAGGUGGAAGGUAACUGGGGGGGGUAUCUUUUUAUUUUACCCCACCGUGCCCCACCCUCUAUUCUGGAGCACAUGGUACGAUCUGUGGAGACUUAACCAAGUUCAAUAACCAGGACAGAAGCAAGAGGAGAGAGAGAGAGAGGGAGAAAGAAAUAAGUGAAAGGAAUUGGGGGAGGGCGGGCAGGAGGGGGGGAGAUAGAGGAGACAGUUUGCACAUUUCUGUUUUUGUUUUCCUUUUAAAAAAAAAAUCUUUUUAUUCCAAUGCUUUGUUUAAAACCACCGCCUUAAAUGAGAAAAACAUUCUGAGAGAGAUAGAGAGAGAGGGAAGAAGAGGACAGUCUGAGCCUCCCUAGAGAGGAGGGAUGAAUUGGGGGGAGGUGGGGUUGGGGGGGUGGCAGAGACGCUUGGAUGAUUUGGUGUGAAUGCAUGCAUGCAUACUGGUGUGUGUGUGUACGUAAGUAUGUGUGUGGUUUGUUGCAGGGUGGGUUUGGGAGCUGUUUGUAAAGCCUUUGUGUGUGUGCAUCUGUGGGCGAACAUAAUGUGUGGGUGUGUUUUUAAUGUUUGUGUGCGUGUGUGUGUGUGUGUGCAUAUUAAUGUAUGUAUGCAGUUUUUUUUCCCUCCCCGCUCGCAUCCCUCCAUCUCCAUUUAUGGCAUGUUAAUGUCUGCCUCCUCACUCGAAGAGCCUUUGACAGUGGUACAGUGUGUGUGUGUGUGUGUGUGUGUGUGUGUGUGUGUGUACGUGUGUAUUGCGCAUGCCUAUGCCAGGCUGGGUCUGCGUCUCGAUCUAUGUGCUGCAUACGUGUGUGUCUGGCUUCACGUGGCGACUGCGCAUGUCUGUCACUGUGUGUGGGUGGUUUGGGUGCUCAGCUCUGCAAGGUCUGUAUAUGUAUGUAUGUGUGUGUGUGAGUGGGUGGUAUGUGUGCAGAGGUUCAGAUGAGUGGCUGUUUGUUUUUGUCUGCCUCCUCUGCCUCACACACACACACACACACACACACACACACACACACACACACACACACACACACACACACACACACACACACACAUCUGCAGAGUCACAUAUCUCUAUCCACAGCACAGAGUCUGUACAUCUGUGACAUAUCAAAGCUGCAGAUGUAUUGUGGCCAUGUUGCACAUCAUGGCUGCAGCUCUUUUGUUUUUUAUAAAAGUCAUUUCAAUGUAAAAUAGACUUCAGACAAAGUAGAUCAUGAGCACUUCUAUUGACUCUUCAGAUUUUUUCCCCUGCCUAAAAAUCUCCCCGCUGCCUGGUACACGUCCUGCCCUCCUGCAUGGGACAGCAGCACAACUGCAGCCAGGACACUUUUUCCCUCCUCCACCUCUUGAUUUCUAUCCUCAAUUCUCCUUUUCUUCCCUCCCUCUCUGCCCUCGCCCAUCUCUCUCUGUUUUCUAUUUUCUUUGUUUACAUGUCUUUCUGCCUUGUCUCCUCUUUCUGUAUACAUUUCUAUCUCUCUUCCUUGCUGUCCCUCUCUUUCUCCAUCUCACACACAGCUAAAUAGUCUUGGUCCCUUGUUGCUUCAUUACGUAAACCAUCAUUUUCCAUCCACCGCUGCUUCAUUUCUGUGUCGGCUCCAUUUUCUUCAUAUAAUGUGAAUCCCUGCCAAACUCUCACCCGUAUAUCUGUAUCGUGUGUGUGUGUGUGUUUGCUGUCUAUAACAACAGAUGGGGCUGCCAAAUAUGUUGCUGCGUGUGUGCGCAUACAUGUGAGCAAUCGAAUGCAAAUAUGCAAAUAAAUGAGUGUAGAUGGGUAUAUCUGACCUGUGUGUGUGUGUGUGUGUACGUGUGUACGUGUGUGUGUGUACGUGUGUGUGUGUGUGUGUGUGCUUUCUGCCCACCCCCCUCUCAUAGGACACUGUCCAGUUGUGUGAUUUUUUUUUUUUUUUUUUUUUAGUCUACUGCACCUUUAAUAGUCAGACAAUUGAUGAGAACGGUCUAUCUGCCCCUGUAUUCUCCUGGCUGCUGUGGCUGACAAAUCAGAACAUCCACAUGAGAGACGCAGCCAAUCAUGACGCAUAUAUCGACCAGGCUGUUGAACCAAGUGACCAAGUGGGGUUAAAAAAAUAAUUACAAUCAUCCUAGACUUGAGCAGUGAGAGGAGGAGGAGGAGGUGCUGUUCUUCCUGAGGAGGAGAUGUUUGUUAAGAAUCUCCCAGGACAGAUGAGGCAUUGCGGCAGUCUGCCGUCACAUGAGCGAAGCCACAAUCCAGACAAAGAGACAAGAGUGAGAGGAGAGAGAGGAGGCUAAUGAUAGAGAGGGGGAGGAGGGAGGAGGAGGAGGCGAUCGUCUCUCUCUGGCCCCGUGCCACCAAGAUAAAUACCUGGGUGCUUGUUUAUUUAUGUAGCGUGGCAUUUUGCAGAGGGGUGGGGUCGUGGGGUGAAUGAAUAAACGGUGGAGUUGUCUAAAUCCCUCAAAACGACCCCAGUGAGACAAGCACCCACUGACUGGACGAUAACGGGGCAUCCAGAUAAAGAACAAAGCUUCCAAAACUUUAGUUAAGAUUCGUCUGGAGAACAAAAAUUAGCUUUGAUUCCUCCCCCCCCCCGUAAAGUUGAAAUUGCACUAAAUAUCUGUAAGAGAGUGGAGAAAAUGUAUUUUAUGUCCUGAAACACAUUUGGCUGAAUGUUUUUAACCCACUGUCCUUUUUAAGCAUUGCGAUAUGAUAAUGGAAGACGUUUGAGCUGCAACUGUAGAGGUGAUUCGCCCAGCUGUUGUAAAGUGUGUGUAAUGUUGAACACCUGGCGAACCUUCAUCUGUAGUCAACAAUUACAGGCCAGGAAAAACGAUGGUUUAUUGAAUUAGCAGGAGCCCAAUAUUAAGGGCUAGUGUGGAUAUACAUCAUAUUUAGUAGUACAGUGGUUCCCAACCUUUUGUGCUUGAGACCUUUUCACCCCAGAUUGUUUCAGGUUGCAACAGUUGGUUCAUUAAUUCAUUAGUUUAUAAAGAAACUUAAAAUCAAAUGUAAAUAUUGGCCCAUUUUCUUCAUCUUCUAUGAUAAUAAAUUGAAUAUAAUUGUGUUGUUGGACUGUUGGUUGAACAACACGAGCAGUUUGAAGACGUCCCCUUGGGCUAAGGGAAACUGGGGUGGACAUUUCACACAAUGUUGACAUUUUAUAGACCAAACUAUUUAUUGAGAAAUUGAUGAAAAUAAAAGGCACAGUAAUCAAUAGGGAAAUGAUCGUUAGUUGUAGCCCUAGUUAGAAAUAUCCAUAAUUUCAUGAGGAAAAGGGCAAUAAUGUGUGUAACAUGGGGAACACAGGCUGGGAACCACUGUACUAGCAGUAUUAGACCCCAGUAUUGUUCAAACGUGGCCUUUAAUCUUCGAACACAGGCAGGAAAUAAAGAUUGAAGUUGAAAGUUCUAUAAAUUUGAAUGGUAAAUUUUGUCUCUGUGCAAGAUUUUGAAAGGAAAAGAAUGUAGAAGUGGUGAUUAUAGAGGGUUAGGUCAGAUCCAACAAGCUUUUUGUCCCACGUUCCUGCUGACUGUCUGUUCUUGGCCUGUUCUCCUGGGGCCUCGGGUUGUGGACUGGGUGAACGGGGGUUCCAACUGGUCUUCACAUCCAGGGGUUUUGAACAUAAAUUUGAGAGAAAUUCGGCGUACUUCAAACGAGCACAGCAAAAAGGAUAUUUUCUUUAAUAUCUGCCUGUGUCUGUUUUAUUUCCUCCUUUUGAUUUGGAGGAAGGUUUGCGAGCCAGUAGCGGACUGCUACUGAGAGAAAGGACACAAUGAUUUAUAUAAAGAAGUUUUGAACACUCCCCUGCCCUGCAAAGAGCAAAAUCUGAACCGUGAAAGUGAACAGUAAAGCCGUGGUGUAAGUCCAGCAGCAUGGGCUGUAUAUCGCAGAAUAUCUUUUUUUAUGAAAUAUAAAACCCACCUGUGACCUUUUGACCUUUUUAGGUGACAGGUUGCAGCUUUUUGCCUCUUUGUAGGGCAGCUAUGUCUGAGCACAGUUUUACAACUAAAAGUUGAGCGGGGCCAGAGCAGACAUUUUUUCAAAGCGAUACGAGUUUGGUCGCGCUUUUAGAAGAGCUUUGUACACGUUUCAAAAUGUUUUUCCGUUUUAAACGUUUUUGGUUUCAUUUUCUGUUGCUAUUGUGUUUUUUUUGUUUUCUACAUUCGAGUUAGUGUACUGUAGUCCUCGAGAGUUAUUUUAAGACAGAUGCUACUAAUAAUUGAACAUUAACACCUGUACGUAGAGUUGCCAAGUUGUGUAAAAAAAAAAAAUUACAAAAAGAGAAAGUGGAGACAUGGUUAGCUGUAAAAUAGUCUAGAGAAAAGAGAACCACAUAUUUUUGCAUUGCGAUUGUUGUAUGACUGAGGUGCUGCGGGCGGGAGGGUUGAGGGUUGGGCUUUUAAUGCUGGACCAGAUGUUUGGUUUUUACUGCACUGCAGCUGUUGUCGGGGCGGGAUCAGGGACCGCAGAAAGCAGACGGACGGACUGAUGGACAGUCGAGGCAAACGAAACACUGUUGUGCUCACAUCAUUUUAAGGCUACAAGCCUGAAUGUCUGUUUAAAAAAAAAAUCUUGCCAUGGAUAAAAUCUUAACUCUCCAUUGUCUUGUGACGAUAGAAAUCCGUUUCUUAGCCAAGCAUGAACUUCCAUUAGAAAUCGACCCAAAGUAAGUUUACUUGACCUGGUUUCUCAAACCAGCUUUUCCACAAAGAAUAAGCUACUGCUGCUUGAAUGUUAUUUUCCUUUAGACGUCCCCUGGUGGCUAAAGGCUGCUACUGCGGCUCAGAGAAAGGGGGGGGCUCCACAGCUGCAGUAUGUGCCAACGCCACCAGAGGGCGAGAUCCCAAGAAGCAGUGAUCCUACACAAGCUACGAUUGUAAUGAAAGAGUCUCGAUCACUGUAUUCAUCCGAGCACCUUAACAGCGGACCCCGCCGGGGGGUUCUGCUGCUCAUUCUGAGAAUCCGACACAAGACGCAAAAACCGCCAAAACGCCCACCGCAGUGUGUGGGCCAAGAUGCCAAAUAAAGUUGUCAGUAGAUUGAAAGUUGCUGACGUGACUUCCAAAAGAAAAGAGCUGUUUUUGUGCUUCGACUCGUCCGUCCACGACUUCGUCCGUCUGUUUUUCACUCCUGCUCUCCACCUCGGCUGCCGAACCACAGAAAGGAACAAAAGUGACGAGGAGAGAGUGGAAUAAUCUUUAAAAAAAAAACAAAAAAGCACCUUUGGGCGAGCGCUCAACUGUCCUGGAGAGCCAAAGCCCUCUGCACGUUUCUGAGCACGCUCACUAUGUCACUUCCUGUCUGUGGUUUGGAUGCUGGUGUCAGAUGUUGAUUUUUUGGGGGGGGUGGGGGAUCGAGAUGUAAUGUGAGGGUUCUUUUUGUAAGUUCCUUAUUUUUGUUGUUUUUAUCUUUUUGUACUAUCAUUCCCUUUUUUUAUUUUGUAUGUUUUUCUCUUCUCUCUCUUUAUUGACAUUUGUUUACUGUAAAAAUGAUGAUGAUGAUGAUGUGCUCAUUGACCUGUCUCCCCCCCAGGUGGGAAGCGGGAGCAUAGACUGUGCAAACUCUCCUCUGAAUGGGGGGUGGGGGAGGAUUUAAAGGGGAGAGUUCAGGUGGGUGAGGGGUACCGGUGAAGGGUGAAGGUUGGAGUUGAUUCAGACAGAGUUUCCUGCACAGGGCAUCAGUGAAUUCUGAUCAUUUCCAGUCUUUUUAAAAGAAUCCCAGAAGAAUCACCAAGAAAGGUAUGUUCACCCAGCAAGCAUUUGAUGAUUGGGUAGUGUCAAUCCGAACGAGCACAAAACCUUCAGUGUGACAAGAAGCCACAGUCAGAAAUUCUCUUCAAAAACAGCUUCAGACUGAUAAUCAGGCCGAUUAUCAGAUCACGAAGGAAGCAAAAAACGACUUUGAUGUCUUUUCUACUGUCAAUUCCGUCAAAAUGCUCGUGGGGUUUGACUUGUACUGUCAUAUGGUAUUGCGUGGAAAAAUGUGUGAUCUGAUUGACGGUCGUACUGCCCCCCUUUUUCUUUUUUUUUUUAAAAUCCAGACAGAAUGUUAACGGAAAAAUCCACCCUCAAACACUUAAACUCCGGUGUUAGAGACCCCAUAUUUUAGCAUAUUCAACAGUGAACGUCAAGCCCCUUAAAGGGAGAGGCCACUAUUCAACGUAUCCAGCAAACCCAGACACACAUCAGCAGUCACUUGCUGUCACCACCCAAUAAAAUCACAGUUUCAAGGAAUAUCUGGCUCUUUAGCCGCGAAACGCUCCACUAUCUUCCCCCUUAACGUACAUGAAUUAGUCUGAGCCCUUUCACUCAAAAACAAACAGCGGCCUGCUGAGGCUAAAGACAACGAACGACCAGCUGCUGGCUGUAAAACCAAAACAAUUUGCUGAAAGACGCAGAAAUGCUCCGUAGUGCUGAGAACUGCAGAGUAAGGUGGGAUCCUCCCCUCGUCAUUUCAUCCAUUAUGAAUGUAAAAACAGAUCAGUGCUGCUUUGAUUAAGAAAAAUCCACCGUAGAGGAUGCAGGGAAUUAGAAAGUGAAAGGGUGUGGCCACGGCAUGUGAACGUACAUUUCAACCCUUGAUACCAGACUAACUUUUGAAAAGCGAGGGUGGAUUUUUCCGGAGCAGGGACCCUUGCUGAGGACUGUCAGGAGUUGUGUCGUGAAGUGUUUAAAACUGGCUAAACUUGAGAACAGAGGAGCGAGGGAAGUGGACGCGAGACUCUCUUAAAAUCAAGAAUCGUGAUCCUGAGGUGUGAGUCCUCCAUCGUGUAUCUCUCCCUCGCCACCCCUUCCUCGCCGCUCAGCCGCGUUCCUCCUCAUCUUCCUCGGCGCCGCGGCCUGACCUCAUCAGCCCUCAACCGACCUUUAACCCCCCCCUCGCGCUCCUCAAGCUCCGCGAGUCUCUCUUCCUGCCGUCUGCAGGUCUGUAGUCUUGUAUCCAGAAACAUUUACUCCGCUCUUUCCCAAAUCCCCACACACCAGAGACAACACACACUCACGUAUAUAUAUUUAUAUAUAUAUAUACUGUAUAUGUAUAAAUGAAUACGAAACAGGCAAACCUCUGAGAUACAGAAGCUCACGCUCACACACACACCUGCAGACUCUCAGGAUGUGUUGCAGGACGUGUGUGCGCGUGUCUUCGUGUCACUGAUGCAGUUUUUAAAAAAAAAAAGUACCAGUUUACCUCGGGAGCUCUCAGCCAUAGCAGACCUUAAUCCCCACAGAUAUCUCAGCGCUGCGAGCAGCUUCUGAACUGCUGUGGCUGCCGUUACAAAGCAGGUACAUUUUUGUUUUUCAGGAACAAACCCGGGAGCCUCAGCAGAGCGCUCUCGGACCAUUUGAAUGCAUACAGCGCAGGGUUUUUACAGAAACGGGACACAAGUCGAGAGUCCAUGUCAACACAGUCUUACCUCAAAAUCAUACUACAGAACAGGGGGGGGCCGGGCUUAUAUAUGAUCAUAGCAACCGUGAAUGACUAUUUUUUAUUCCUUCUCUUCCUUGUCUCUGGUGUCGUUGGGUGAAAAUACUCUGCAGAACUCUUUCUUUUUCUCGUUUUUCCACUAUAAAUAUAUAAAUAUAUAAACUGUACAUUAUGACAUAGAAGCACUAUCGAAGUUUGAUUGUUAGAUGUGCACUCGCAGCAUGAGGUAUUAUUCUUUAUUAUUCUUCAUAACCCAGAAAAAUGAAAAAGUGAAAUAAGAGCUUUUGGAAGUAAACAACAAAGGAUAAAAAACAAACAAAAACAAUGCAGUAGCGUCUACUGAUGUCAAAGAAAAUACCCGACCUCACCCCGCCUCACACACACACACACACACACACACACACACACACACACACACACGCGUCCCCCAGACCUUUACCCCAGCCCUGCCGUGUUACCCUGCCCCCCUCCCCCAUCCAACCGAUCGCCCCGAUGCCCCCUCGCGCCACCCCCCCGCCCUCCUGCCCCGGUGUACAUGCCAGUGUUUCCCCCAUGUGUUCCAAGUGCCAAUAACUUUGUGAAUUCCUAACUGUGACCCAGUAAUAAAGAUAAUUGCACAUUAACUACUGUAAAGAGUAAAAAGAAACCAGACUGAUUAAAAAUGAGGAAAAUAUCUGAAUAUCUUAAUAAAAGGUUUUUAACAAACAGGAUUGACCUUA